AUGUCGUCCAAAGAUUCGAUCGCUCGAUGCGCGCAUCAAGACUCCAAUCAGCAUGGAGGACACGUCCUGCACUUUGAGUACUCGAUCGCUCUGAUCGGAGACAACAAGCCCGCGCUCGAACCUCCGCUGCACGUCCAGCACCGCACUCGACCUCCAGCAGAUCGUACUACGUUCGGCCUGAUCAGUACCAGGUUCUAUGCGGUCCUCUCGUCUGGAGUCACACGACUGCCACGGUUCUACCACGUCGCUCUCGAUAACCUCGUGGAUGCAAUCAUGAAUCUGCGAGAUGCUCCGGGUGAGUCCACGCUUGAAUUUGCGGCGUUCUUUGACGAAGCACGAGGCGAAAGGCGACACAGGUGUCGCCUGACGACUUGGUAUCAGCAAGGACAGGCCUCGACCGUGUACUUUGUGAUUGGUGAGGACUCUUGGAAGUAUCUGAUGGAGCAUGCAGGAGCCCAUCAGUGGAUUAACACGAUGCAGCACCUCGAGCAGCGCGCUAGCGAUCGUGCGGUUUACCAUAUCCGGGAAGAGCUGAUCAAGUGCUAUCCAGAUACGGACAUCGUCGAAGCCGAGGAAAACAGCUGGAACGUCCGAUGGGCAACCAAGAUGAGGACCAACGUUUUGGAAGUUCUCUGCAGUCGACUUCACCCGUUUCAGCCGCCGUUCGGAUAUCCGGGAGUAGGAGAUCUCCAUGUGAUGUUGCCUUGUGGCCAUGCUCAAUCCAUGUGGGAAGACACGCUCCACAAUCUGAGGGUGGACCAGUGCAAAGCUGUAAAUUGCCCUACCUGCAAACAACGCACCCUUCAACCAGAGGACGAGAUCGAGCUGGCGGUUAGCACGGAAGUACUCACCACCCAAGAAGAGUACCUUCGUGAGCACCACCAUUGGUCCAGGAUCCGUGAACUUAGCACGAAUGACGACCUCCACCUCCCCGGGACGGCCAUCGCGGUCGCUCUAGACUUGUCUCUCGAAAGCUUCAAGGCCCCGACAUUCGUCAAUCCCAACGAGUUCUCUCUAGCGGAGCACAAGCCCACGGAGGAGGUCAUGGACCACUUCAGCGCAAUGUUCUUCGGUUCAUCAUCCGUCAUUUCCAAGUCCCAAGAAGAUCUGGUCGACAUGUUGAUGUCCGAAGCCUUGAAUCUACCCGUGGGAGAAAGAGCCGAGAAGCUGUCCGAAAGCUUCCUGCCGCCAGGGUACGUGAACUUUCUCCUCUUGUGGAUCGGACGAGCUGUGAUCUUCCUUGCGGAACGUAGGUGUCGCCGAGUGGGUAGCGCGCACGCUGGCGUGCACCGCCAUGGUGAUGACCUUGUGUACAACUCGGAUUUGUUCCGGCAAGCUAAUGCUGUUGGCGCAGAUUCGGCGAGUGUCCAGCUUCUUACCGACUUAGACUCCACUGCCAUCGACUUCGAGGCGGUGCGAGACGCCUUAGCAAAGUUGCAGCUUCCGGCGACUGCCACGGUCGCUGAUAUGAUGAAGGAGCUGGAAAAGAUGCAGUUGAACAAGCAAUGA